AGUAGCAACGAUAGAGCAAUAAACGUCAGUAGAUAGUUCCAGUGCAGUGCAUACCAGGAGAUCAAGACCUAAAUUUCUUCCUCUUUGUCUACAUUUGUCUGAGUCUUCACGUCGCUUACAGUGGGCCUCAUCUGCUGACAAUAUCGUAGCUUGUACAACGUCCUGCUGAACUAACUCAGCAGAAGUAUAAAGUGAGAGGUGGCAGCUACAGCAGUUCUACAUAAAGUUCUUGUAUUGAGCGGACGCAGAGUUCUGGUUGUUGUGGAAGUAUUUCGUUGCAUCGGCAGCAAGUUUGCCCGCCGUCUUGUUUUCUUUGAGCUACUACUGGUAAUGGUCGUUGAGUGGAAAUAGUUAGAAACCACGAAAAUGUCGUCACCAUCAGCCAACAAAAGGCGAGCCGAUUCUGAUGUUGUCAAGCUCAUUGGUAAAAAAUUCGACGUUAACAUAGUAGGCGGCUUGAAUGAAUUCACGGUGAAGUUUUGUGGACCAGAGGAGACGCCUUAUGAAGGCGGGAUAUGGCGAGUGAGGGUCACCCUUCCCGAUAAGUAUCCUUUCAAGUCUCCCUCUAUAGGUUUUGUUAAUAGAAUAUACCAUCCUAAUAUUGACGAGAACUCUGGAACAGUAUGUCUGGACGUUAUUAAUCAAACUUGGACAGCACUGUAUGACCUUGCCAACAUAUUUGAUGAGUUUUUACCGCACUUGUUGCGCUAUCCAAAUCCACUGGACCCCAUGAACAGCCAGGCUGCGUCAAUGCUACUUCAUGAUAGGGAAGGAUACGAGGCUAAAGUCAGAGAGUAUGUGACACAACAUGCCAGUGAAGAUUGUGAAGACGCCAAAAGAGCGCAAGGCGCCGAACCUGAUAAGGGUGCCGAAUCUGACGACAGCACUCUCAGUGAGUUUUCUGAUGAUGAAGUAGCAGAUAUGGAGCUCUAACCCUAGAAACACAACAACAACAAGUACUUGUACCAGUACGUGAGACAUCCUUGAAUCUGCACAUAUAUGUUAUGUCUCUAUGAAUAUUUUCCAUUUGUGCUUUUGAGCGCUAUUAUCUUUCUGGCUGUUCCGCUCAUGUCACUGUGCCAGCGGUAUAUUUUUACCACUCGUGUUCUCUGCUGUGAGUCUAACUGACAUAGUCUGCUUUCAUUCACACCUCACCGGCGUACCUUGUAGAUAUAUCCGUAUAUUCUUGUUUGUAUAGCAAUCCCAGCUCUCACUGAUCUCCCGUCUCCGCUGCAGCCCCAUGGUAUCUACAUGUACAUGUACUUCACGUGCCACUACAUGUCAUUGACAUGUUUAGACACAGUAGGUGUCUUGUCUACCGAACCUAACAGUAGGCGCGUCGUCUUGUCCAAUAGCGGACGUUGUUGUGUCCGCACCGUCACACCGUCUCCCCUCUGCUCCCCCGUCGUUUUUGCUCUGGUGUUUUUUAUUCUCCAGUCCUCGCCAUCCUCAGUGUUCUACUUCACUGUGGCGUGCUGUGUUUUACGUGAGCCUAGCUGUGUGUGUGUGUACAUAGUGUGCAUGCACUGCUAUUGCUAGCCUGUGCAGUGGUGGGCUGUUGUCAUCCAACUAGUACCUAGUAGGGCUUUUACAUUGGGUACCCCGGCAACGAGCUGGGCAGCUUUUUAGUUUAGUGCCCCCAUUUGCCCCUCCCCCCCCUUGGUCUUGUAGUAUUUUAUUUUAUUUUAGCUUGCACAUUUAUAAUAUGCGGCUUGUUAUCCCAAACCCAAACCAGUCCCUCUCGUUUUUUUCAUCACCACUAACCCAUCAGCCCGUUUCUCCUGCAAUGCAAACUAUUUCUAGGUGAUUUACUCCUCUAACCAGAUGGCCUUCUGUCAUGUUCAUGAACCACUCGACAACUAACUAACUUGCGCCUUCCACUGCUCAUGCCGCGUGUGUGUACUGUUACUGAAUUGAACCAACCGUAUCCCAGUACUCAAACUUUAA